AUGCAUCUCCUAUCACUCCUCUCAAUUGCCACCCUUGCGGUAGCCAGCCCUCUGAGCGUUGAAGAUUACGCCAAGGCUCUCGAUGAAAGAGACCUAGCUGUUUCUGUCUCUACCAACGACUUUGGCAACUUCAAGUUCUACAUCCAGCACGGUGCCGCAGCAUACUGUAACUCUGAAGCCGCAGCCGGUGCAAAGGUCACCUGCGGAGGAAACGGUUGCCCAACGGUCCAGUCCAAUGGUGCCACCAUCGUGGCAUCUUUCCUUGGCUCAAAGACUGGCAUCGGUGGCUACGUCGCGACCGACUCUGCACGCAAGGAAAUCGUCCUCUCGGUUCGCGGUAGCACCAACAUUCGCAACUGGCUUACCAACCUCGACUUCGACCAGGAUGACUGCAGCUUGACCUCCGGCUGUGGAGUGCACGGAGGCUUCCAGAGAGCCUGGAAUGAGAUCUCGGCCGCAGCAACCGCCGCUGUCGCAAAGGCCCGCAAGGCGAACCCUUCGUUCAAGGUCGUUGCCACAGGUCACUCGUUGGGUGGUGCUGUAGCUACACUAGCAGGUGCGAACCUGCGAGUUGGUGGUACGCCAGUUGACAUCUACACCUACGGCUCACCCCGAGUUGGAAACACGCAACUCGCUGCCUUCAUCUCUAACCAGGCUGGUGGAGAGUUCCGCGUUACGAACGCCAAGGACCCCGUGCCUCGUCUCCCCCCUCUGGUCUUUGGAUACCGGCACACAUCCCCCGAGUACUGGUUGUCUGGUAGCGGAGGUAACAAGGUUGACUACACCAUCAAUGAUGUCAAGGUGUGUGAGGGUGCUGCCAACCUUCAGUGCAACGGUGGAACACUCGGAUUGGAUAUCGACGCCCAUCUCCACUACUUCCAGGAGACCGAUGCUUGCUCUGGUUCCGGUAUCGCGUGGAGAAGAUACAGGAGUGCUAAGCGUGAGAGCAUCUCGGAGAGGGCCACUAUGACAGAUGCCGAGCUGGAGAAGAAGCUUAACAACUAUGUUGCGAUGGAUAAGGAGUAUGUCAAGACUCACGCCAACCGCUCAUCGUAG